AUGAUAAAGUGCGAUAAAAAUGUCAAAACUGUCGAUGGACCUUUACAGCUUGGCUUAUCUGGUAUCAUUAAUACCAUUACAACAAAUGAAACGAUUAAUAUCAAGGAUUACCUUGGUGAAGGAAAGUUCCAAGAUUUGGCCAAUAUAAUGAUGAAAAAAGAUAUGAAUAAACGGUGUUUCGAUGAUCAUGCAGAUGCUAUUGUGAAAACUGUUUUAAAUAGUUAUGAUGAAGGAGGUAUUGUUGGUGCACGUAAAUACAUAUAUAAGAAAAAAUUGGAAUUGCUGGAUAAAGAUGGUUACACAAUUGAUUCAAUCGAGGUAAAAAUAUUUGAUAUUUUUACCUACCUGGGUGAAGCAGUCUCACAAGCAACAAAAAAUGAAAUGCUCGACGCCCUUUCAACUUCAUCAUUUGGUCGAAGGAUCGACAUGCUUGUUAUGACCCAAUCUGAAGACGGCGAAGAAGGAUGCGUUGAACUCUCUGCUAACGAGCACAAAAAAGGUGAUGCAGAAUUCGAACUUGUAACUGAGCAACAAUCCAAGAAUAUCGUCACCAACAUCUGUAUCUUGUCUCAAUUACGAAAACGAUUUGGGGUUGAUAUCAAUGUUAAUUGUAGCACCAAUCCAUUGAUAAUGGACGUAAUUGGCCUUCGUGCUUAUUUAUACAGUGUUGCCAGAACUGAAGAUGUAUUUGUUGCAUCGAAGGUUUCGAAUAACUAUGUUGUGUUGCCCACUUCUUUAGCAGACUUUGAUGAGUUUAUUGAGCAAGAAAGUAUGUACCUUUUACUAAACUAUUCGAAAUAUAUCAUUGAUGCUGCCAAUGACAUCGUUGGUUUAAUGGAUAAGACAACAAAAAGACGAUUUGAAACUAUCAUGAAUGAUCAGGUCGAUAAAGAAAGCCCAAGGAUCUUUUUCGCGGAUAACAAAAAACCAAAAACAACUUAG